CAAAUAAAAAUCAAGAGCAAAAUGGAGAAUUACGAAAUGAAAAUGAAGAUCAAGUGCAAAACAGUAAAUCACAAGAUGAAGAUGAAGAUCAAAUGCAAAAUAAUAAAUUACAAAAUGAAAAUCAAAAUCAAAUGCAAGAUAGUGAAAUAGAAAUAACAAGAAACAAAAAUAAAAAUCAAGAACAAAAUGAUGAAAUAGAGAUGAAGAAAAAAUCACUAGUUACUGCAAAUACUAAUCAAAAGUCAAAUUUAUAUUUUAAUGAUAAUGAUUAUGAAUUAUCAUUACAACAAGAUCUCAAUGUUUUUGAAUAUGAAGUAGUAGCAUCUGAUAAAAAAGGUAAAAAAUGGCAUAGUUAA